UCCACUUGGUGUUGCUUUGAAACCUCAGCCACAGCAGAAUGUUUAAAAGACUCACCAAAGACAUCGUAAAUCAAAUGGAUCCAUGCGAGGAAUUCAUCCCUGUUGAGAGCAUUGCAGACAAUGAGCACUUCAGGCCUCUCUGUCUACUGAAAAAAAAGAGAAAACCAAAAACCAUAUUCCACCGAGCUCCCUGCUACAAGUCAACAGGGCUCACACUGCCUGAUGUGCUGCUGCCUGGAGAAGAUGGUGAAAGCACAGAGUGCCGUCAUCAGAGUCCCUCCAUCUGCCAAUUCACUCUCACAAAAACCAGCACAGACGAGGCUGAUGGAGGUCUGGACAUUUCACAUGACCCUGCAAGUGCAGAUCUGCAUGGAGGUGCCUCCUUGUCCAACACAUUUUCUGUCAAGCCACAGAAGAGGAGAAUAUCACUGGAAUCACUGGAGGCACUAAGAAGAGAAAGAAAAGUCAACAUGGAUCAUUCCUUCAUCCAACAGCUACGGAGAAGAGACAUCAAUCUGUACGUGGUCACUGAAACCCUCGAAGCCUCAGAGGAGACUGUCUACAAGAAAGCCACCAAGGCAGAUGGGGGCUUGAAAGCCAAAUUUUAUGCCACAUUCCAUGGAAAGGGCACCAGGGAGGACAAACAAACCAUAGUCAUACCCAAGGGCUGCACCCUGACUUUCAGAACCAUGCCUCUACACAUUGGAGAUGGUGCAUGGCAUCUGGACUAUUUCCCAGAAGAAGCUGAGAAAAGUGCAGCGGAUGUAACUAAUGGUCCCUCACAAGGAAAAUUAGUAAGGCAGAGGGAUGUUGAAUUGUCCUUGAGAAAUUUCACUGAACUGUCUCCUGACAUGAUGCUCUUCAUCUUAAACACCAUCAGAGCUGUCAUGAGAGAAAACAACCACCAUCAGGAGCCCAGCCAGAAAGCACAAAUCCACUCGCCUUUGCUUCAAAACCGCAGCCACAGCAGAAUGUUUAAAAAACUCAACAAAUUCGUCGUAAAUCAAAUGGAUCCACAAGAAGAAUUCGUCCCUGUUGAGAGCAUCGCAGACAAUGAGGAUUUCAGGCCACUCUGUCUACUGAAAAAAAAGAGAAAAUCAGAAACCAUAUUCCAUCCAGCUCCUUACUACCAGAGGACAGGGUUCACACUGCAUGAUGUGCUGCUGCCUGGAGUAGAUGGUGAAAACAUAGAGCCUCUGCUUCAAGAUUCCAGACAAUUUCCUCUCACAAAAACCUGGAAAGACCAAGCUGAUGGAGGUCUCAGCAUUUCAUGUGACCCUGUAAAUUUAGCUGUGCAUGGAGGUUCCACCUUGUCCAAGGAAUUUACUGUCAAGCCACAAAAGAAGAGCAUUUCACAGCAGUCACUGGAGGCACUGAGAAGAGAAAGAAAAAUCAACAUGGAUCAUUCCUUCAUCCAACAACAACAGAGAAGAGACAUCAAUCUGUACGUGGUCACUGAAAUCCUCGAAGCCUCAGAGGAGACUGUCUACAAGAAAGCCACCAAGGCAGAUCGGGGCUUGAAAGCCAAAUUUUAUGCCAAAUUCCGUGGAAAGGGCAACACAGAUAAGAACAAAGACAUAGUCAUACCCAAGGGCUGCACCCUGGCCUUCAGGGCCAUCCCUCUACACAUUAGAGAUGGAGUAUGGGAUCUGGACUAUUUCCUACUAAAAGCUGUGGGAAAUGCAGUAGAUGUAACUAAUGAUGAAUCAAUGGGAAAAUUGGAAGAAGUGGUGAGAGAAGUGGAAUACCGCUGUCAAAUUUUCACCACAUUGUCUCCUGACCUCCUGCUCGUUGUCUUCAUCGCCAUUAAAGCUGCCAUGAGAGACAAGAAACUCCUACAAGAGCUCAGCCAGAAAAUGGAAGAUAUUCCUGAGGAAAGGGAUGGGUAUGAGCUGAAAACUGAGAGCCCAGAGUUAAAAGAACUUUUCAGCACCUUACAGCAUUCUCCAAAAGACUGUCUCCAUCAGCUGGCUGAAGGAAUCACCUACAUCCUUGAUGCUUUGCAUGAGUUAAUGGACGAUCAGCUGCUGCUGCUGCUGGAAUCCUUGGAAAGGAAGAUUCUGUCCCAACAGCUGAACCUGGUUGAAAACCUCCUGAAACAUGACCUGGAUGAUAAGAUGUGUAAUUUCCAAGUGGAUGCCAGCCUGCUCGCCUUCCCACACAAGGAGGAACAGAUGUUAACCAUGGAACUGGUGGAGAUGAGUGGAGUACAGCUCCACGAAGAUGGAUCAGCUGUUUCUUUGGAUCAAUCCUUCGAGGCCGUGGCAGCCCUGUUUGUAGCCCUGUACGCCCUCAAACUCCUGAGUGGCUCCAAGUAGGACACACCAGGCCCUGCCCAAGGAAACCCUCUGUAAAGGACCAGGAGAUCUCUGAUGACCAACCACGUUUCUCUCCCAAUAUCAUCCUUGUUAAUGCUCAAGGCUUUGCUGGGAAAAGCAAAUUGAAGGCUGGAAAAUUAAUUCUUGAUGCUAUGAUAGGCUGGAUAUCAAUGUGGAUUUGUCUGUCUGUCUCCCCAA